AUGACCGCCUGGCGGCUCGGGUUCGUCUGCGCAUGCGCCCUUCUCGGUGCGCUGUGCAUCAUGAGCGGGUUCUUUGGACUGGACAUGGACAUGCUUGAGAUCAACCUCACAACGGCGGCGCCAUCCUCCUCCUCCUCUGACAGCAACGACGACCGGGGUCCGUCGCUUCCCAAAGGAGCAUUUGACCGCCUUGUGUUUGUCGUGAUCGAUGCGCUGCGUGCCGACAUGGUGCUCGGAAAUGCCGCCAUCAACCAUCACGGCGAAGACUUGUCGUUGUUCAUGCCGUACACGGCCCACCUGGCGACGUCCGACCUCACGGUCGCGUACGUGGCGCAAGCGGGGGUGCCCACGGUGACCAUGCCGCGCCUCAAGGCACUCACGACAGGAAAACAGCCCGCGUUUAUCGACGUGUUGCGCAAUUUCAACUCGAAAGCGCUCGACGACGACAACAUCAUGCGGACAUUGCAUCAAGCGGGGUAUCGCAUGGUGCUAUACGGCGACGAGACAUGGCUCGACCUCUUUCCCCAUCUCUUUCAUCGCCAUGACGCCACAUCCGGGUUCUUCACCACCGAUACCAUCUUUGUCGACUCCAACGUGACGCGACAUCUGCAUGAAGAACUAGACCCGACGAUGGCGCACUCGAACAGCCGCGACUGGGACGUCCUGGUCCUCCAUUACCUUGGCGUGGACCACGUAGGACACAUGGAUGGCCCGCAUUCGUCGUCCAUGCGCCACAAGCUCGGUGAAAUGGACGCCGUGGUGCGGUCUAUUCACAAUGCCAUUCGAGCGCAAGAUAUCGUUCGACAAACGUCCAACAACCAGCAGCAGCCUGAUGGUGUCCUUCCCACGCUUUUUGUGCUUUGCAGUGAUCACGGCAUGACCAACACGGGCAACCACGGAGGCGCGUCCAUCGAAGAAUCGUCGGCCCUUCUCCUCUUUGUCAUGCCGCCGACGAACGCAACGGACCACGACGAAGCACGUACUUUCACCAAGUCCAGCCGAAAGGAGUCAUUUCGCCGGGCGUUGCAAGUGGACCUCGUGCCCACCCUCGCCGCACUCUUUGGAGUGGCCAUUCCCACCACAAACACUGGCAAAAUGCUGCACCAUGUCCUGCAUGCUGCUGGAUUGGCCUCGCCCCUCGAGGCCAUGCAACGCAACUUGCGUCAACUGAUAGCAUCGUGGACUCCAGCCGAGCGUGCCAAGGUGGGAGCCACGGCACACGAGAAAGAAGUACAAGCUGCAUUGACAUGGGCGCAAGAGGUCGUGCUUCAAAGUGAUGGAAGCGAGUACAAUACAUUCGCGAUUACCUUGGGGGUGGCAUGUACGGCAGCUGGAAUGGCGGUGUCGUUUGGGGCUUCGGGGGUUGCAUCAGCAUGGUCGAGGCGAUCGAACAAGGUCUCGUACGUACACGUGGUGCUGGGGGUUGGCGCCGUGUUGCAGGUUGCCAGCUAUGGCUCGAGUUCCGCCAUCGAAAACGAACAUGCAACGUGGAACUUUAUCUUGACGACGCUGUGGAUGUACCUUGGAUUUCAACAUGUCGCAGCCAAAGAGUUCAGGCAGGUGCCGCUCGUAGGGAUGCUGGCCGUCACGACACGGAUCCUGCGCAGUCGGAACCAAGUUAUCAACUUUGGUCGCUUGAACGACCUCCCAUCGCUUGCUGAUGCCAAAAACACUACUGUCGGGUUGGAGUACGAACAGGACGAUUCACUGUCUGUGCUCACCACUCGCUCGCUGCUGGACGACCUGAACCUGCCACUGGGAUAUGAAACGACGUGGGUCGUGGUAUGCAUCGGCAUCUACGGGAUCUGGAAGCUCGAACAUGCUGUUGCAGCUACAGCAGUGAUCCGUCGUCGGUUGAUCGAGUUGGUCUUUCUGACUGGUCUCGUUGCCGUGUCGGCCUACAGCUUCCACCCCGCCGUGGGGAUGUACGCGCAUGCCACGUACGCAUGUGCCACCGUCUUGUUCGUGUCGGGGUGGUGUCUAUCGAAGGAUGGAGGAAAGUCGUGUUCCCGCUUCGUGCCGUUGGAGUUGUCUGCGUGGUUGCUUGGUCUGCUCCUUCAACGCGAGGUUAACUUGACCGUUUUGGCCGUGUUGAAUCUGCAACAAGCAUGCUUCUUUUCGUGGAUUCGCCGCCGGCGUGAAGAUGACACGUCCACCGUCGCGGCCGUGGCGACUCUAUGGAUGUCCAAAUGCGCCUUUUACGCCCUUGGCAACUCGCAUCUCAUGACUACGAUCGAGAUCGGCAAGGCAUACACGGGGUUGACGACGUACUCCCAAGGCAUCGUCGGCUUUUUCACGUUCUUUAUCGUCAUGACUGGCCCCACGGUGGUGAUUCUUGCCGCCUUCACCAUCAUCCCAGCCGGCAAAGCGCUCCCAACGUUAUGGAGCCUUGAACUGUUGAGCUUCCUCGUCUACAGUGUGAUUGUCUAUGCGAUGCGAUUCCACUUGUUCAUCUGGAGCGUGUUUGCCCCGAAAAUGAUGUACCACAUGGCCUGUCUCGUCUGGGACGUCGUGCUCACCGUCGUAGCUGUAGCCCUGUCCGCCGGUUCGUUGUAG